GUCUGCGGCGCUUAGCGUAUGACUAUCGCGCCUGGAUUUCUGAUAGUCUGGUAAGUUUUCUCAUUGACAGGAUUGGCGUGGUGGUCCCCAACCUGUUCGUCUUGGGUAUGGAUGAUCUGAGUGGAGAAGGUUCAGUGAAAUCAGUGGUGGCAGGAAAUGGGAAAGCUGAAGUGUUCUCCCGACUCAUUCUGCAUCCAUGCGCACAUGAACGAGCUGAUCCAUUCUGGGUCUUACUUCCAGGGGUCAGUCCAACUGGGGGCAUUUGGCAGUAUUUCAUGGAAAAGGUUGACCUUACGUGGCAGACAUCCAACGAGUUCACGCAGUACUCAGCUCUUUAUCCCGCCCUGUUUGGAUUUGCAGUGGCCCAUGCCUACAAGAUUUCCAGACUUAGAGUCCAAGAUCCUAGCGCUGUGCAAGCACUCCUUCGAGAGGUGACCACUCAAAUUGUGCAAGACAUGCCGUCAGAGGAUGCAGUCAUUGCGCAGGCUCAGGAAAGAGAGAAGGGUGAGGAAGCAAAGUCGACCAAAAAGAAAUCCAAUACUUUGAUGAAGAAACGCCCAGGUGUCACCUCGAAAGUGAAACCAGUUGGAAAGGAUACGACCACUGUCUUUGAUCAGCUGAUGAACCAAAAAACGAGGCUUUGCGAGCAAGCUCUUCGUCAACAGUCGUUGAUUUGGACCCUUGAUGAGGACUGGCAGUACAUGGAAUUGGAGGCAAGCUCCAUGCUUCAGGAUAAGGAUCUUGCAGAGACCCUCCAACUUGCAUCAACUUUUGGCUUGAAGGAGAAGCAGCUCUACUUCACGAAGGCUGUCAGGAAGAUCGCUGACAUACCUUCGUAUGUGCUUGCUGUGUCACUCGCGGGUAUCGUGAAAGAUCUGACUCCGCAGUCACUGUUUCGAACCGGUGGUGAGUUGUUUGAGGUCAGAAAGCGGACCUUGCAGUCUGUUCGGCUGGAUGGCUCACCUGAUUCGUUGAAAUUGCGUCUUGAUCUGUCUCAGAAGCUGUCACUCGCUGAGCGUUUGUGGAGGGACAGACUCAUUUGGCUACUGGAUGAAGGCAAGAGGUUUUGGAGGAAAAUGCUGGCACAGGAUAGCCAUGGAAUAGGGACCUUGAAAGAAGAGGUGGCCUUGAAGCUUGCAGAUCCUUCUUGGCUCAUCAAGGUGAAAAACCAACAGGAGAUGUUUCAGAAGGAUGCCGCGAAGGAUUUGAAAAAGGACCAGGUGGACACUGAGAGAAUGUCUGUGCCGUUACUAGAUACCCGUCGUACUGGAAAAGGCAAGGAGAAAGAGCGCAGUGACAAGAGACAUUCAGAUGAGCGUAGAGUGAAGAAACCCAAGCGAGAUGAAUCAGAUGAUGAUGAGGCUUCCUCACGUGAAAGUGGUGGUGACUUUGGUAAACAUGCUGUUGCCAAGGCUCGCCGGGAGUCAUUGGACAAGAUUGCAGGGUACAAGGAUCUUGAUUUGUUGACAGGUCGGUUUCAGAAACGUUCCAGUGGAAAGGAGCGGACUAGCAGCACCCGGGGAUCUACAGCCAAUGACGCAGAUGGACAAGAGGCAGCUGAGGAAUCUCUCAAGAAGUUCCUUCAGAAGGAUUUGGUCAAAUUCUUCGCUAGCAAGAAUGAUUCCUGCCUUUUUUUGAAAGUGCUGGCGGCUGACGGAAUGGUUUCUGCUGGAAACUUCGCCGAUGCCUUGGAUGAGGGCUGGAAGCCUGAUGCUACAUGUCUUGGGGCCGAAAGCCUAGAGUACUUACAAAUGAUGUCGUGGGUGGGAAGGAGAUCAGCAGUGAAGUUGGUGCAGCAUCUAGCCAAUCGCAAGGCUGAGAAGAGCGACUCAGAGGACGCAGAUCGAAAGGACGAGAACAACGAGUCAGACGACUCAGGCAACCACACCGAGCCACCUAAGGACAAGAAGACCUGGGCUUGCGACAAGUUGCCUCCGCUGGAGGAUGAUGACCGUGAGUCGCAGAACUCCCAGUUGGAAUGGGGGCCUGGAGUAUACGGACCAAUGACCAUGAAGUUGCACAUGCGCCGAUGGCGCUACGAAGAGCUGUAUCCUCACCUGAACCUUAGGCGGCCUGACCAGGAUCGACUUGCGCUUCAGUCCAUGGGUGACAUCGGUGCACAAGAGCCUGCUGUGGCAGACCAGCAGCAGGUGACAGCCACCAUCGACUUGACAGACGAGGAUUCCAGCCAAGAUUCUACUUCCGCUGCUGCAGAUGCCCCGGGUCCAAUGCGAUCAAGCGCUUGCAGUUGCGAUCUGGCGGAGGUGGAGGAGCAGGAGGAGGAGGAGGAGGAGGCCUGGAAAGACAAGGUGGAAGCAUUGGUGCGUGAGAUUCCAGAGGUGCUUGGAGAAGACCCAGAGGAGGAAAGGCAUCGAGAUCUUGCAAUUGAGAAGGUGCGUGAUGCCAUUGCUGACAGGUGGGUGGCAGUGCGAAACAUUGCCGCUCAUUCACAUGCUUCCCAGUAUGAGGAACUUGUCCAGGCGACCAAGACCAUUCUAGCGCAAUUGGUUUCAGCCUAUGGCGCAGAGAUCCACUUUGUUGAAGAAGAGGCAUGUGCUGUGGACGGGUACAAGAGCUACAUAGCGUUGGCAGAAGUCUAUCAGCUGCGGACUCCUUUCACCCAAUGGUUUACCAAGAACUAUUGUGGAGUGUACAUGCCACUGGCCGAAGAGUUGGGAAUGGUUGCUCGCCGACCCAGCUACAAGGGAGCAGCAUCUACGAAAGUCCAUUUGCCGAUGGAUUCUGCCACUGUGAUCGGUCUAGUUGCCAUCUUUGGGUCGAUUUUGCCAGCCCAAGGGUUGACACCGUCGGCUUUGAAAACGUGCACGACCUGUUUCGAUGCUCUUCAAUCUGUCGCCUGCAUCUCACAGAACUUGGUCCUUAUCCCCGAGCUUCCGCGGAUGAUUCUUCCCGUCGAGAAAAACAAAGUGAAGAUGUCUGCGCUGAGAUCAGCUCUAAAGACAUUGGACCUGAAGCCUGACAGGCUGCUCAGAAAGCUACCUGAAGAUGAGACAGACAAGUCGGUCAGUUUCAGCCACUUGCUGAUUGCUUUGUUUCGGGCCCGCGGUGAGAAGUUCUACUCUCAGAGCCAGAUGCUGAUGCGUGUUCUUCGAAGGCUUGUGCACAUUUUCUGCCAGUCUGUGGAAAUGGCCAUGGAAAAGGUACUGAGCCUUGUCUUCCGCAUGGACUCGCAUCAGUGGGCCGGCCCCACCCAGGUGCUUCCGUUCGGACCGACAGCUGAACAAGCUGCAAAGGCCCUCGAAUCUUUGCGGAGCUACUUGGGUGGCCGAAUCCCUUCAAAGCCAGUGAGCCAGAUCGCAGCUAGCCUGGAUGCUUUCAAGUGGAAGGAGUACCGCGCUUCAACAAAAAAUCUCUUGGUUGCCCUUGCCAACUCGAUCCAGCAGGCGAUGCCAAAAGGUUUUUCCUUGAAGAGCUGCGUUCCGCCCAAUCCCCUGCUACCAAUGAAGCCCACAGAGACCAGGGCCAAACUCACCGAGAAGGAGAAAAGGGCAAUGGGCCUUGAAGGGGAGCAGAUGGACCGUUCCUUGUACUUUGUCUUUGACCACAAGUCAUUCGAUGCCAGAACGGAUUGGUACCAGAAUGAUUCCUUUUGGCAUUUGACAUUCAGCGCAGAUGAGGGAACAGAGGGUUUUCUGGUGUUCUUGCACUUGGCAGCGCAGCAGCUGUGGACGAUCAUUUGGCCGGACCAAUUUCACAAGGUGUCUCGAAAGACUAGUUUGGCCAUUACUUUAGCACCAGGCGGUCAGGCUCUCUUGCGCAGGAUCAGUCGCCUUUUCAGAGCCCUGCGUGGCCCAUGGCAUACGUGCAAGUUCGGGAAGAUCAUUCUCGAAGCGAGACAGCACUUGGUUCGUGAGGUGGAGGCGGGUAACGAAGCAGCUUGCGAGUUAGUGGACCUCUAUUUGCCUUCAAUUUGCCGUGACCUCAGCAUUGACCCGGACAUUGGCACCAGGGCACAUGUACUGGACAUUUUGAAGAGAAAGGGAGGUUCGAUGCACAUCGUGGGCACAGAACACAAGGAUUCCCGGUGGUGGUCUUUUUUUGACCACGGUUCCGCGUGGGAUCAACGGUGGCACUUGGAGCAGCUCACCCACAGCUAUGCUUUUUGGCUUGAGGGAAAGUCCCCAUGGAACCUGACCCCUUACAAUGAGGAAACGGGCGGAGAACCAACUGACACCAAUUCCCUAAGGCAAGCAGCCUGGAAUGUGCUGGCAGAUGACCAGAACCAAGACCAAAUGCGCAGCUUCCUUGUCGUGUUUGGACCAUAUCGGAAAUGGACCAGCGAGAUGAACCAUGAUAUGCAGUCGAUGCCUGAUGCGAGUUUGAAGCACACACUUUCCUUGGCCACUGGGCUCCGCAUUCAUCGUCUUAUGGAGAAGACAUUGCAGUUGAGCCGCUCCCCGGACACCCUGGAGUACAUCAAUGGAUCAGGAGAUGACACAGAACACGAGGAAAACAGGCAAUUUCAUGUGGCAUUGAUGCUUGGACAAAUGCGUGCUUUGUGGGAGACCAACACCUACCACCUGGCAUACCCAUGGCAUGUCAUCGUUGCCUUGGACGCUAGGAAGGUGCAAGAGCUGCUGGCACACAUGAAGACCACUUGGGCAUUUGUCAGGGAGGUGAUCGACACGAUUCCGUUGACACACCCCAUGGGCAAAGCAUUCUUCUUUGUGAGGCACCAGGCAUUUCGAGAUGUCAUGGUGAAAGCUGAGAACUUCGACUUCGACCCCUGCCAGUUCCAUGCGCCUGCUGCAGCUGGUUUUCGAAAUGUCAUUCGCAGUGUCGGUGGGCUGACCAACGCAAAAGCAGAUGGACUUCUGAGCUCACUUCCGAGCGAGCUUGCCUUCAAUGACUUGCGUGACGCGUCCAAGCGUUCGCGCAAGAGUCAGCAAGUGCAGCCAGAGGAUUUGCACGCUGUUGCUUCCAAGUCAAGUGUGCGAAGGAAUAUGGGCUGCAGCUCGCUGGAUGUGAUGGAUUCUGAUUGGGGGCCGCCAAUGGACCGGAGAUCCAUCAAAACAUCCGUCUUCAAUGGCUUUCGCCAGACUGAUUGCAGUCUUGGCAUCACAUCAGAAGGUUUGACAAAGCGUCGUGUCAAUCAUGUGCUGACAAAGCCUCACAUUUUCUGCCAGAGGUUGGAAAUCUUCGAGGCAUUGCUUCAGAAGUGGGAAGGGUUGCAGGAUCUCUCUGAGGACGACAGGGUCAAGGCAAUCAUGGAUUCUUUCCGUGAUGGAUGGGUGGCAGAUCUGGUUCCGGUGCACUGGUGCGUGGGCUUUUUGGAUGAAGAGCAUUCCAUCACAAAGAACUAUGCCAUCGUGAUCAGGGCAGGUCCACACCAUUUGCUUUGCAUGUGGCUGAAACCUUUGGGUUUGGGUGUUUACACCUUGCUUCAUGACUCCAGCACCCGACCUUUCCGAUUGCUCGUGAAUGAUUUCCAGAAGCUGAAGGUAUGUCAGGCAGUUCCGGCAGUGGGGUCGAACGGCUCGUUGGUGUGGAAACUUCAAGUUUUCAUGGAACUCAAGGACUACCUUGCAGACUAUGCCAUGCUGGAUAUCAGUGCCGCCAACCUGUCGAAAGUUUGCACUGCCAUGAAGUUGCGUGGCCACUCCAAGCUAAGUCACAAGCAUCGGGUGGAGUUGUUUCUCAAAGAGAUGGGCCGACCAGAUGAUUUCAUUCAGGAGAUCCUGGCAUCCUUGCCCGACAAGCCCCAGAGACAGAAAGCAGAUGCAGAAUCGCAGGAGGAUGGUGAGUGUCCUGAUGGUGAAGACGAAGAUGUGCUGGGUGACUCUCCUAACCCGGAGGGAGAGGAAGAGACCAUAGAGCUCCUGCAGGUGCCAGUGGAAGCCAAUCAGGUAGAGAACAAGCAGGAGGAAGACGUUCACAUGGAUGAGCCAGUUGAACCACGAAAGGAACGAGAAGAUGGGGCACAUGCACCUCCAGGCGUUGGGCCCAACCGAGGAAAGUUUGAGACAUCAGACUUGCCUCCUGGUUGCACCGCCAACUUUGGCGAGCCGAAGUCAGCUUCGCCCUUCAUUCAGGUUCAUCUUCCUCUUGGCAUGAAGUUCAAUGGUCGUAGGUCCAAGUCCUCUAGUUUUUCAGAGGGUGCCCACGCUGGUUUGCGCUGCACAGCCCGCACCAAAGAUGCGGCAAUUCGCAGCGCUUUGGCAUGGGCGUGGGAGUGGUACCAAAGUUUGACGUGUUCAGAGCAAGCAGCUGUGAAAGCUGCAGCUGCUGAUGCUGCCGAACGGCAGCCCAAGCGUCCACGU